AUGCCUCUCCAUCUCACUUCUUUCCUCUUCGUCGAGAUCGUCAUCCUCACUACCCUCGCCACCCUCAUAUUGGCUUUCCCAACAAACCCAGUAGUUCCAAUCACUACUCUUACCUACCUGCAUGUUCGAGACGAAAACAAACGCGAAACCACGAUCUUGAUCGCGGCUAUUCUCGGUAUAGCUGGUAGUGUCAUUUUGAUCGUGUGUGUUAAAUGGUACCUCUGGAAGGAGAAGAAGAGCGAGACAGAGAGAGCAAGCAGGGGAGCGAGAGAAAUAGAGUAG